AUGGCUUCUUCCGCGGCUUGGUUACCGUUCUUACCUCUUUUUCUUCUCGCCUUCCCUUGUGCGAUGUCCAAGAAGACCUACAUUGUUCAAAUGAGAGAACAAAACAUCCCCAAUACAUUCAGCAGCAGCCAGGAUUGGUACAGCGCGAGCCUCCAAUCUCUCGCCUCCGGUGCCACCGAUCUCCUUUACGUCUACACCGAUGCCUUCAAUGGCUAUGCCGCAUCCCUAGAGCCGGAUCAAGCAGAGGCCCUUCGGUCAUCAGAUGCAGUGCUUGGGGUCUAUGAGGACGUAAUGCGCCACCUCCACACGACGCGGACGCCAGGCUUCUUGAAAGUGGAAGAUGAAUUCGGGCUGUGGCCCGGCACGGGUAACCAUUCAAAGGAGGCUGAUCAACCAUUCCAUGACGUAAUCAUUGGUCUUCUUGACACUGGGGUUUGGCCCGAGGCAAAGAGCUUUGACGACUCGGGGUUCCUGGAGGUUCCAGCCCGGUGGAAGGGAGAGUGCAUGAGUGGACCGGAUUUCGAUCCUUCUCUGUGCAACAAGAAGCUCAUCGGCGCUUAUUUUUUCUCCAAAGGCUAUAUCAAGGCUUUAGAUGGUAACAUGACAGAGGUACUAACCCCUCGAGACCACUUAGGACACGGGACUCAUACGUCAAGUACUGCCGCAGGCUCCCCGGUGGCCAAUGCCAGCUUGCUCGGCCAUGCGGGAGGUGUCGCUCAGGGCAUGGCUCCCCAUGCCCGUGUGGCCAGCUAUAAAGUAUGCUGGGAACAGGGCUGCACGGACUCCGACAUACUCGCCGCCAUGGACCAGGCGAUAAGGGAUGGCGUCGAUGUGCUUUCUAUCUCCCUUGGUGGAGCGGACUGGUCGUACUACGAGACCGGCAUUGCUAUUGGAGGAUUCUCAGCAAUGGAGAAGGGUAUUUUUGUCUCUGCCUCCGCCGGAAACGAAGGCCCACAACCAGGCACCCUCUCGAAUGGAGCCCCAUGGAUCAUGACUGUAGGAGCGUCUACCCUGGACCGCACAUUCCCGGCCUAUGCAUUGCUUGGAAACAAGAUGCGGUUCACUGGAGCAUCGUUGUAUGGUGGCCCGGGAAUGGGGAACAAGCUCGUUGGCCUGGUUUACAACACGGGAACCACAAGCAGAAAGAGCAACUUGUGCAUGCCCGGCUCACUUGACCCCAGUGUGGUGCGUGGGAAGGUGGUGGUCUGUGAAAGGGGGGAAAAUUCCCAGGUCGAGAAGGGCGGAGUGGUGCGUGAUGCCGGUGGGGUGGGAAUGAUACUGGUGAACACAGCAGAGAAUGGUGGCGAGGAGUUGCUGGCAAAACGCCACCUGAUACCGACCGCUCAGGUCGGUGCAAAGGCAGGUAAUGCAAUCAGGGAAUAUGCCAAGACCGAUCGGAACCCUAUGGCCCUGGUCAUUACCGGUACACAAGAGUUCAAUGUCAGGCCGACACCGGUGGUUGCUGCGUUCAGCUCAAGAGGGCCAUACAACCUGUCCGUGCAGAUCUUGAAACCUGACGUGAUUGGCCCAGGCGUCAAUAUCCUGGCCGCUUGGCCCGAUGAUGUGAUCCCCGCGAAAUUGGAUAUUCACAAAAGGAGUGCCAACUUCAAUAUCAUCUCAGGUACAUCCAUGUCUUGCCCACACAUCAGUGGCGUCGCCGCGCUGCUCAAAGCCGCCCACCCUAAUUGGAGCACAAGCGCAAUCAAAUCGGCGCUCAUGACCACCGCCUACGUCCACGACAACGCCCGGAACCCCAUCACCGACUCGGCCAACGGAGGCCCAUCCUCCCCUUGGACCCACGGAGCGGGCCACAUCGACCCGAGGAAGGCCCUCUCGCCGGGCCUGGUCUACGAUCUCGCGGCCGACGACUACAUCGCCUUCGUCUGCUCCCUCAACUACACGGUCAAGCAAGUCCAGAGCGUCGUGAGGCGGACGAACGUGACCUGCUCGACGAAACUGUCCGACCCGGGACAGCUCAACUAUCCGUCGUUCUCGGUCGUGUUCGGGCCCAAGAAGAAGGUGGUGCGGUACACGCGGGAGGUGACGAACGUGGGGGACGCCGGAUCGGUGUACAGGGUGGCGGUGGAGGCGCCAAGCGCGGUUACGGUGAGGGUGAGGCCGAGGAGGCUCGUGUUCGGGAAGGUGGGGGAGAAGAAGAGGUAUGGCGUGACGUUCGUGGCGAGGCACAAGACGGACGCGGCCCACGGCGGGUCGAUCACGUGGAGGAACCGGCAGCACCGCGUGAGGAGUCCAGUCGCGUUCUUGUGGGGAGAAUCCUGAAUUUGUGGAAGGUUUUACAUGCAUGGGAAGUAAAGAAGUG